AUGGUGUCUCGUAAGAAGCCCGAUUUCGUCUACUUAAUGGAAACAAAAGUAGAUCGGAGUCAUGCAGAAAGACUACGAAUUAAGAUUGGUUUUGAGGGUCUGUUUUAUGUGGAUCAAGAUAGGAGAGGGGGUGGCUUAGCAUUAUUAUGGAAAAAGAAUAAUACUGCUAGGCUGUUGAGUUAUUCAAAGAAUUAUGUGGAUGUGGAGAGGCAUAGACGCAGGGAGGCGUGGCAAUUGUUGAGUGGUUUGAGGGACAAGUCUACACUGCCCUGGGUGGCUUUGGGAGACUUUAAUGAUUUGUUAUACCAGCGCGAAAAGAGAGGGGGGAAUCCUCACCCGGUUAGUCUGUUGAGAGGCUUUGGAGAUACUGUAUACAAUUUUGGGCUGGUUCAAUUGCCAAUGCGAGGUCACCAGUUUACAUGGGAAAAGGGGAAAGGGACUGAUAGGUGGAUGGAGGAAAGGCUGGAUAAGGUGUUGGUGUCUACACGAUGGACUACCUUGCAUACUGAGGCAUGGGUCGAAAAUAUUCUAACCCGAAAAUCUGAUCACUCCACUCUCUUCCUGAACACUGAUAUUGUACGGGGCCGCAGACAUGGGGGACCGAAACAGUUUUGCUUUGAGAUGGCAUGGGUUCAUGAUGACGGUUGUCGGGGGGUGGUAGAGACUGCCUGGCAGGAUAGUAGGGAUAAGGGGCUGUUGAUUUGUCAGCAGCAUUGUGGAGGAAGGCUAAUGCGGUGGGGUGGGGAGCAUUGGCAUAAGUUUGGUGACCGUAUAAAGCAAUUGAGGAAAGAGCAAGAUGAACUGCGUCACAGACGGGAUUCGGCUGCAUUGGCCGAAUUUCGCGAUAUUGAGGAAAGACUGGGACAGGUGGAGAUGCAGGAGGAUGUAUUUUGGAGGCAGCGGGCGAAGCAGCACUGGCUGCGUGGUGCGGACUGCAAUACCAAAUUCUAUCACAGGUACGUUUCCGCUCGUAGAAGGAAAAAUUAUAUUCCUAGAUUAAAAAAUGAUGUGGGUGCGUGGGUGGAGGGGGAUAAUAUGAGGAAAGUUGUCUUGGAGUAUUAUGCUGCUAUUUUUACAUCGUCUAACACUGAAUGUGAGGAUCUCAUGCUUGAUAAUUUUGCCCCCCGUGUGACUAGUGAGCAGAACACUAUGCUCCUUCGCCAGUUUGAAUUAGAGGAGGUCAAGAAUUUAAAAGUCUUGGAAAUUUGGGAUGUUACAGCUUUGUUUGCAAUGUUCCGUGACAAAGCACCAGGACCGGAUGGUUCGCUACCUGAGGGAUUGAAUGAUACUAAUGUGGUUUUAAUUCCGAAGAAAGAUGUGCCUGAGACAGUAGCUGAUAUGAGACCAAUAGCACUGAGUAAUGUUUUGUACAGAAUCAUGGCAAAGGUAACAGCCAAUAGGAUGAAACCACUUAUGGGGAACCUCAUCUCAGAGGCCCAGAGUGCUUUUAUUCCUGGGAGACUUAUUACUGAUAAUAUUUUAAUAGCUGCAGAGUGCCUGGGACGAUAUGAGGAGCUUUCAGGACAAAAGGUAAACUAUCACAAGUCCAGUGUCUGCUUUAGCAGAAAUACCAGUGUGGAGGAUAGGGAAGUGGUGGCAAGUUGCUUACAGGCAGGGAAGGAAAUUCUAUUGAAAAGCGUGGCACAAUCUAUUCCUACCUUUUCAAUGAGUGUCUUCUUGAUUCCAGACACGGUGUGUUUAUCAAUACAGAGAACAAUGAACAAGUAUUGGUGGGGCACUGGUAUGGAUAGAGGAAUACACUGGAAAGCUUGGGAUAAGCUGAGUAUCCCAAAGAAAUAUGGAGGAAUGGGGUUUAAAGAUCUCAAGAAUUUUAAUUUAGCAAUGUUGGGAAAGCAGGCAUGGCGUCUACUCACAAGUCCAGACACACUUGUUGCAAAAGUCUAUAAGGCAAGGUACUAUCCGAAUACCACUUUUAUUGAUGUCAAGAUAGGAGGAUACCCAAGCCACUCAUGGAGAAGUAUUAUGGCAGCUCAUGACAUGGUGGUGGCACGGACUGAUAUGCCUGUAGAGCUCAAGCAUGCUAAAGUGGUAGGUUUAAUAGAUGAACAAACUGCUACCUGGGACCCACAUAUUUUAGCAGACUUAUUUGAUGAGGAGGAUUUGAGUAGAAUACUGAGGAUACCUGUCAGUCCAGGAUAUGAGGACUCAUGGAACAUUAUGGGUAUUUAUGAUCACUCACCCGGGGUUUUUGAGAAAUGGACUAAAAUGUGGGGAAUGAAAAUACCCCCAAAAUGGAAGACUUUUUUAUGGAGAGCAAUUUGUGAUAUUCUUCCAACAACUAACAACUUGAUUAUAAAGAGGGUGGAAGUGGAUCCCACAUGCCAAAUGUGUGGGCUAGCGCAUGAGAAUGUUAUGCAUACAUUCAUCAAUUGUGAUUAUUCUAGACAUGUUUGGAAUAUUUCAGGAUUGCCAAUAACAAAUAUUGUUGUCAACUCAUUCCCCGAGUGGCUAAUAAUUGUGCUUACAAUGUUCACAGAGGGAUCAAAGUGCAGCGGUGGUGGCAUUGCUUUAUCUCUUAUGGAGGUGCAGAAAUUCAGCUGUAUGGGACGGCACAUUGCCGCGCCCUACGGCGGCUUGGAGGCAGGCCAAGGCGGCACUGCACUCCUACCAGCAGGUAGCGCGCCGCGGCUCGGCAUCCCCCACGGCAGCUACGGCGGACAGCAGCGGCGGCUCUACCCCAUGAUGUUAUGUCGAUGCAGGAUAUCGGGAAGACACGAGAAAGGCUACAUACGGUAUUGUGUUGCUGUCUCCGGAGGGAUCUUUUCUAGCGGCAAAAAAUGGAAGACUAUCGAAUUGCUUGUCACCAUUUAUGGCAGAGGCUUUGGCAUGUAA